AAGUACAGUCAUCAUUUCCUCACGUCCUGCUCCCGGAAAAAGAAAAGCAUCUCUUUUUAAAAAACUCACAUUCAUCUCACCGUCCUCUCCAUUCCGAGGUCCCAAAAUCCCACCUUUUCUUUAAUUCUCCAUUAACGAAGUCCGUCCCAUGGUGAAAGAGUGAGAUCUCUCUAUCAUCCGUUUCUUGGUACUUUUCAUCUUGAUAGAGAGAGAUAGGGGAUAGAGAGCAGGAAUCAUGUGAUCCAGCGUUGCUGUUAUAUAUAUAUAUAUAUAUAUACUGAGAGCUUCCCAAUCUUCUUCGAAAUUCCUCCUCCCCUGCACUUCUUCCCCCCUUUGUCAGCCGAAAGGUAUGUCUUCAAGCGCAUCGAGGUUCAUCAAAUGCGUAACAGUUGGGGACGGCGCCGUUGGAAAGACCUGCAUGCUAAUCUGCUACACUAGCAACAAAUUCCCGACGGACUAUAUACCCACGGUAUUUGAUAACUUCAGUGCAAAUGUAGUGGUUGAAGGAACGACAGUGAAUUUAGGGCUAUGGGACACUGCUGGGCAAGAGGAUUAUAAUAGACUGAGACCUUUGAGCUAUCGAGGUGCUGAUGUCUUCGUGUUGGCUUUCUCAUUGGUUAGUCGCGCCAGCUAUGAAAAUGUGCUGAAAAAGUGGAUUCCUGAGCUACAACACUAUUCUCCUGGAGUUCCUAUUGUACUGGUUGGCACAAAAUUGGAUCUUCGUGAAGAUAAGCGUUAUUUGGCAGACCACCCAGGCGUAGUUGCUGUUACAGCAGCACAGGGAGAAGAAUUGCGUAAGCAGAUUGGUGCAGCAUAUUACAUUGAAUGCAGCUCAAAAACGCAGCAGAAUGUUAAGGCUGUUUUUGAUGCUGCAAUCAAGGUUGUUAUUCAGCCUCCACCAAGAUUGAAGGAGCAGAAGAAAAAGCGGCAACGCAGAUGCUCAAUAAUGAACAUAUUAUGCGGGAGGAAGCUUUUGUGUCUCAAGUGAAACCUCAUCUGAUCUACAGUUCGAUAUUUUUCAGAUUAAAGUUCCAGAUUUUGUGACAUCUUGAAGAAAUCAGAUUUCUGUAUUUAAUCUCUCUGUAUUUAGGCUGUGGGCUGGAAGGGAUAAUCUUUUUAUCUGUGAUGCAAUCUGCUAAUGUUUAAUUUGUUUGAAU